AUGGAAAUUCAAGUUGGAGACGGGGCAGGCUUUAUCUUUUGGAACCACCUGUGGAUUGGAGAAAGUAGACUCUCCGAUCAAUUCCCAAGACUCUAUCGUCUUAGCAGCAACCAGAAUGGAUCAAUCUCGAGCAUGGGGGAGUGGAAGGAGGGAGAGUGGGUGUGGAGUUUCAGUUGGAACCGGGAGCUUUUAGAAAGAGAGAAGGAGCAGGUGCAGCGUCUAGUCAAUAUUAUCAAACACGUCCGAAUUUGUGAGGGGAAAGCUGAUAAAUGGAGAUGGAAGGCCUCAAAAGAUGACUCAUUUACAGUCAAAUCCGCCUACAAAACUAUAAGUGCAGCGGAUGGCCGAAAUUCUAUCAGGGGGAGUGAUCUGGAACUUGCUAUCAUCUGGAAAGCCCCGGCACCACCAAAAGUGAUCACUACAGCGUGGAAAGCUCUUAGAGGACGAAUGGCUACGUGUGAAAAUCUUUUGAAAAGGAAGGUGAACAUCCAACAUCAGGAGGCUUUAUGUGUUUUCUGCAAGGCGACGAUCGAGACGGCAGACCACCUGUUUUUGAGCUGUGAUAAGGUAUAUCAACUGUGGAGCGAGGUCGUGGCUUGGCUUGGCAAGCAAACGGUUCUGCCGUGCAAGGUAAAAAACCACUUUAACGCCUUCAUCAAUCUUGGUUGUAAGAAAGAAAAACGUUUCCUACUUAGUGUGUGGUCUGGAGUUAUUUGGAGUAUCUGGAAAGUGAGAAAUGAGUGUAAAUUCCAACUUGGCGAGUGGAAUUCGUACAAGAUGAUUGUUGAGCUUAAGUCGAGAUUGUGGAGUUGGAUGACGAUCCAUAAUGUGCAGAAAUCAACAGAGGAGUUCAGGAGUUGGUACACCGCAGCUUUGCCUGGAGAGUCUUGA